AUGUCCUUUGGGGUAGCAAUCGGCGACUUUGUCGCCAUCGGAACCUUGGCAUGGAAUAUUUAUCGCUCUUGCAAAGGCAUGAGAGCCGAGUUUGAAGAGGUGGGAAGGGAAGCAUUGGCAGCUCACACAGUCAUGAAGGAGCUGGAAUAUGAAGUCAAUGAUCAUCAAUCAGCACUAAAUCGAUGUCAUUUGACCAAGAGACAAGAACUGAUACAGCUCGUCGAAGGUCUUCGCACUACGCUACAAAAUUUCGAUAAUAUUAUAAUCAAAUACAAAGGCUUUACUCGGCGAGAAAGACGUGUAUGGGAUCAACUCAGAUUCGCCGCCAUAAACUUGAGCGCGCCGCGGGAGCAGCUGACACUCCACUUGACUGCUAUAAAUGCGUUCAUGGAUGGCGUCUCGCGUGGAACCCUAGCUCGCCUCGAGACAGUACUGCUUGAGCUAGUACGUGAAGUCCGCGAGGGCCGGCGCGCUCCAACAGUAGUAUCAAUUGAUCAACCUCAAGACACCUCUGGGUGGAAAGAACUCGAGCUCGAGUUGGCGGAGGACGGAAUUACUGCUUCUGACGUUGCAGAUCAUAAAGUUGCAAUCAGAGCCUUUUUGCUCGGGCGCUUGAAAGACUCGACCACCGAUGAUCUAUCAUUUUACGAGGUUGCAUCCGCCAUCGUGACCAGCAAGUACAAGGGAACAAUGGCCGAUGACAUGUCGUUCUUGACUCUAGAAUCAGCGCAGAACUCGAUAGGCUUUGAAGAUAGUGGUCAUGCUCGAAACAGUGAGGACCCUGCUGCCAGCCAGCAAUCAUUCAAAACCGCUCGUGAGCAUAUCUUCGAAGAGAUGGAGUCGAUGCCAGCUACAGAGGCAAGGCGUAUUUCUUUCGCUCCUUUUACUAGGAUCCCAAAAGACAGUCUGCCUGAUUUAAGUGCCCCAUCUAAACCAAAUAAGCUGCUAAGACGCUUGUCCAUAAGCAAGACUAGCGACAAACACAUCCUUCGCCAUAAAAGUUCUCUCGAAAGUGUGCUUUUCGACACACUGAUACCGAAGCCACAACGGGUGCUUAUUGUCGAUCCGAUUCAUUCGUCUUUCUCGAAACUAAUGCACGCUUAUCUCCGCUCGCUGACCAAAACACAUCCGACGGUCGGCCAGAGAAUUGACGCCGUUCGCUCCACGGGUUGGAGAAUGCACGAAAGUGGUGGCAUGGAAAUGUAUCCGGUCGACAACAUGAUCAGAGAACUACUGCUAAGCAAAAGAAUCGAAUUGCCAAGUUCAGAUACGUACAUGAUCAAAGAGUUCCGCUUCGCCGACGUUCUGCAAUUCGACCACAUCAUCUACCUCGACUCACCCUCAUUCACAGAGUAUCUUGAAGCCAACAUCCAAAAGAUUGCCAAAGCCAAAGCUAAAGAGGAAUUCGAGGGUGCCCAAUUCGCCAAGCUUACGAGAUACGAUCGACCUAGCGCCCUCUACUUACCGGAGUCGAUGAGCAAAGGCAUUGGCUUCGCUGCCGGCAUGUUUUCAUAUCGACAAAAACUGGCCUUGGAAGAGAUCUUGAGGACUGCACAACGCUGUGUACAUGAAUUCCUGGAACGCGAGUUCGGGUUGAGGAAAAGUGGGCAAGGGUUUGAGAAGACGCUUUCUAAGCGACCGUCGAAGGCCAGUCUUCUCUCGCAUUCGGAUGACAGAAGACGAUCUGCGUCGCCUGAAGGUAAGGGGUAG